AUGCUAGAGCGCUUGAGAAAGGUAUAUGCUGUCAUCGACGCAGAACAGCAAUCAGACCCCCGUUGGCAACUAGAUGAAGAAGCAUUUCGCAAGGGGAUGGAGCUUGAAGCGGACUAUCUCGCUCGGCUAUCAGGAUGGAUGACGAUCCACUACGCAGUGAAUUUGGAUGGGCCCAUUAGGCAGCUGUAUCAGACCAUAGUCGCGGUCCACAGAGGACAAGCCCACUAUGAAACCGCUCGGCCUCCCCCCGAAAACCUCAAUGAGCGAGGUUCUGGGGCAAAGCCGACUCAGGUUGACGAUACCCUGGCGCUGAUGGUUCUGCAGGAUAGCAAUCUUCUGCUGACGCGCUUGCCUGACUGGUGGACUCAUGGGUUAUCUUCUAAACCCACGACGGAUAGCCCUGUAGCAGCUUUGAACUUCGACAAGUCUCACAAUCGUGAAAUUGGGCAGGAUGCAAAUCUCUCACAUGCUUGGUCAAAGCGAGGCGCAGAUAUAAGGCGCGCGCUUGCAAAUGAGUAA